AAAUAUAUCAACACGAUAACACUGCUCCAUUUUCUCUUUCUGCAUUUAAAAAAUGAAUUUAACUUCGGUUAUUAACAAAUUACAGAGAUUGAAUCAACUAGCUUUAUGGAAACAAAGAUAUAUCGCUCGAUAUUCAACUAAAACGGAAGAGCCAGAAAUUCCAAAAAAUCCGUUAAAAGAGGUAUUUAGUGCAAAUAUGCAGAAAGGGAAUGGAGUGAUAUAUGAUAAAAAGCCAUUUAGGAUGAAUUUGGUGGCUGGGAAAAAUUACUCUUGGUGUCUUUGCGGCCAGAGCAAAAAUCAACCUUUGUGCGAUGGCACGCACAAAAAUAUUUUCUUGAAAGUCAAAUUGAGGCCGAUACGUUUCACAGUUCCCGAGACUAAAGAAUAUUGGCUCUGCAAUUGCAAACAGACUUCCAAUCGACCAUUUUGCGAUGGCACGCACUUGAGAGAAGAUAUCCAAGCAUUAAAAAGAUAAUUUAAAGUUGGGCAUACCCGGAUCUUUAAAGAAAUAUCUUCUUAUGCCUUUUGAAAGGAUUGUGUAUGCUAGUUGAUUUUUUUUUUAAACUAGAAAUUCAGGGCUGCACUGUGAGGAGAAUUUGUACACUACUAUAUAAUAAUAGAAUAGUGUAAAUUGUAAAAUAAUAUUCAAGAGAUUAUAUUUCGCAUUAAAUC